UCUCUCUCUCUCUCUCUCUCGGCUGCCAUAGAAUUCUUUCUCUGAUAUUCUCUCUCCAUUCGCCCCGUCUGAGCAAUCGAAUCGAUCAUCAGAUAGCUUCAAGCCGACUCUCUCUCUCUCUCGUUCUCUUGACAACACACGCAUACAUAUACGCGUCUUUCUGUUAAGGCUGUACUCUCCGCGUUUGCUUAUAAGCGGUGAGGAUGUCAACUCCUGCGAGGAAGAGGCUAAUGAGGGAUUUUAAGAGGUUGCAACAAGACCCUCCUGCAGGCAUCAGUGGUGCCCCUCAAGACAACAAUAUAAUGCUUUGGAAUGCCGUUAUAUUUGGUCCUGAUGACACGCCAUGGGAUGGAGGUACGUUCAAAUUGACACUACAGUUUUCGGAGGAUUAUCCAAAUAAGCCACCGACUGUGCGUUUUGUUUCUCGAAUGUUCCAUCCCAACAUUUAUGCUGAUGGAAGCAUUUGCUUGGACAUUCUGCAAAAUCAGUGGAGUCCUAUCUAUGACGUGGCUGCAAUUCUCACCUCUAUUCAGUCACUGCUCUGCGACCCAAACCCUAACUCUCCAGCCAAUUCAGAAGCUGCACGGAUGUUCAGCGAGAACAAACGCGAGUACAACAGGAGAGUACGGGAGAUCGUUGAGCAAAGUUGGACAGCCGACUGAUUUGUCGUGGUAGGAUGAUGUUGAAUUUCGAAACGCUUGAAUGGCCUGUUUGAAUAACAUUGGCGUGAAAACAUUGUGUGGUGAACUCUUUGAACGAUUAUAUCACAAGUUUGCUUUUGUUUGUAUGGAAGGAUUUUAGGUCUACUUAUCUCUCUUACAUUUUUUGCCUACGAAAUGUACAUAGGAAAUUUCUUGUUAUCACUAGCUGUAGUUCAAUUGAACUUAUGUUUAAUGACAGAUUUAUAAUGUUUGGCUGUGGAAAGCAUGCAUUCGUAAU